GUUGGUGACGCUGUGUCUCUUUGUUGGCUUAGCAGCGGCGACGGUUUGUUGUUAUUUUCACUGCAGCCGACAAAUAGGUUCGGAUUUGGUUUUCAUAUUGUUCCGUAAUCAACAUUCCACAAACUGAACUUGUCACAAGUUGAUAACAACCCUAGGAAUGGACUCAGACGAGGGUUAUAACUAUGAAUACGACGACGAGGAGGAGGAAUGUAGCGAGGAUAGCGCCGAAGAGGAGCCCGAGGACGACACCCUGGAGCUGGGAGAGGUGGAGUUGGCCGAUCCCGUUGUGGCCGGUGGAGAGCGAGACGAGUGCGGGGACACUGGUGGAGGGGGCCACGGACCUGCUGAGGAAGAGGAAGAGGACUACCGCUUCGAGGUUUUGACUGCCGAGCAGAUCCUCCAGCAUAUGGUGGAGUGUAUCAGGGAGGUCAACGAGGUCAUCCAGAAUCCUGCAACAAUAACACGCAUACUUCUCAGUCACUUCAACUGGGAUAAAGAAAAGCUCAUGGAAAGGUAUUUUGAUGGGAAUCUGGACAAGCUUUUCUCUGAGUGUCAUGUCAUUAACCCCAGUAAGAAGCCUCGCGUCCGUCCUCCAAUCAACACUAGAUCGUCGGCACAGGACAUGCCAUGUCAGAUCUGCUACCUAAACUUCCCCAACUCUUAUUUUACAGGCCUGGAGUGUGGACACAAGUUCUGCACGCAGUGCUGGGGAGAUUACCUGACCACCAAAAUCAUAGAAGAAGGAAUGGGACAGACCAUUUCUUGCCCUGCUCAUAGUUGUGACAUUUUGGUCGAUGACAACACAGUCAUGCGCCUCAUCACAGAUUCUAAAGUGAAGUUGAAGUACCAGCAUUUAAUUACAAAUAGUUUUGUAGAGUGCAAUCGACUGUUAAAGUGGUGCCCUGCACCAGACUGCCAUCAUGUUGUCAAAGUUCAGUACCCAGACGCCAAGCCAGUGAAGUGCAAGUGUGGCCGUCAGUUCUGCUUCAACUGUGGAGAGAAUUGGCAUGAUCCUGUCAAGUGUAAGUGGUUGAGAAAAUGGAUAAAGAAAUGUGAUGACGACAGUGAAACUUCAAACUGGAUUGCAGCAAAUACUAAGGAGUGUCCAAAAUGCCAUGUGACCAUUGAAAAAGAUGGAGGCUGCAAUCACAUGGUUUGUCGGAACCAGAACUGCAAAGCUGAGUUCUGCUGGGUGUGUCUGGGUCCAUGGGAGCCCCACGGCUCAGCCUGGUACAACUGCAAUCGGUACAAUGAAGAUGAUGCAAAGGCAGCCCGAGAUGCUCAAGAGUUCAAUGCUUUGUUAUUGCAGCGCUCCAGGGCCGCCUUGCAGAGGUACCUGUUCUACUGCAACCGCUACAUGAACCACAUGCAGAGCCUGCGCUUUGAGCACAAGCUCUAUGCUCAGGUCAAGCAGAAAAUGGAGGAGAUGCAACAGCACAACAUGUCCUGGAUCGAGGUGCAGUUCCUGAAGAAGGCCGUGGAUGUGCUGUGCCAGUGUCGCUCAACACUCAUGUUCACUUAUGUCUUUGCCUUCUACCUCAAGAAGAACAACCAGUCCAUUAUUUUUGAGAAUAACCAGGCAGACCUGGAAAAUGCCACUGAGGUACUCUCUGGCUACCUCGAGCGGGAUAUCUCCCAGGAUUCCUUGCAGGACAUCAAGCAGAAAGUACAAGAUAAGUACAGAUACUGUGAGAGCAGGCGAAGAGUGCUGCUACAGCAUGUGCAUGAAGGCUAUGAGAAGGACCUGUGGGAGUACAUUGAAGAUUGACACGUCCCAAUUCAACAGACUCUUGAGUAUCUUGAAAAACUAGAGCGCUGAUGCAAUUUAACAGGGCAGCACGGGGCUUCUGCCGCCUCUCCUUUGGCAACCACUUUUGCAUAAUUUUCCGGGAAACAAAAUCUUCUAAAUAAAUUAUAUUUAAAUGAAGGGUAGAGUAAUAAAAAAGUGUACACUAGUAUUGAUAGAAACUGAGUGGAGUCUUGAGAAAGCUGAAAAUCCAUCUGAAACAAAUGCAUUGUUUUGGCUUGUAUUGUACCACCUCCCCUGAACUAUCUUAUUUUCCUUUUUUUUUCUUUCCUUCUGGAUCUGUUUUUGUUUUGAUUUUGAUUUAUAUUUACCAUUCGUGUGAAAAUGCUUUCAACACAGCUGUAAUUGUCCUUGCCAUGUCUGCAAUAUAUGAUGAGAUCCCUGUCUGAUUAGCGGAAUGUUGGUAGGUUAAUUGCAAAGGGGCAUUGACAUUUCAGGGGGAAAAAGAGGAAAAAACAUCAGAAGAACAAAAAAAGGUCUGUAUUUUUCAAUUUGUAUACAGUCAGUAUGCAUGGUAGUUAAAGAGCAAGAGCGGCACGCGUUUUCAUAAUUUGGAAAUUUUGAAAAUGUUUAUUCUUCACCAAUAUUGAGAAGGGUGUACUUUUGCUAUGUAAAUGGAGUCAGUCGUCUUCCUCCAUAGUAUGUGGGAGUUUGAUUGUCUUUGGCAAAAAGGCAUUCGUCCCAUCAUCCUCAGUCUCUGCAGAGCGGUGCAUAAGUUAGACCUUCUCAGUAACCGAAUGGCAAAUAAUAUCUCUGACAAAGAAUGUCAGGUAAUCAGAUAGCGUACUCCGUUAAAGAGCAUAGCCGAGUUGGAAAAGCAAGAGCAGAAAAUGCUCUAAGGUUCAAAGUUACAGUAGAAUGCACCGGCCCCGUGUUCCUCUAUUCUAACCUUUUUCCGUACGCUCUUAGGUGUUUUAGAGGUGUUAAACAUUGAAGUAAAUUACUAAUUAUUUGCAAGAGCCAAACUGAGUGAUAUUCACUCUUCUUUUUUUUCCCUCUCUUUCCCGACGUGGCUUGCCGCAGCCCACUUAAAGCUCAGCUUGCACUAUGUGGAUGGAAUGAGAGUAAUGGAAUGUACCAACAGCAAAUCUUUGUCAUGCUGCUAAUUGGGCCGGAUCGCUGUCAAAUAGGGUCAGGCAUUUUCAUCGCUCUUAAAGGAAAUACCCAGGCGGCAUGGGCCUUAUAAGGCCCAUGCCGCCUGUAUUUUCCUGUGUCAUUUUUCCGCACAUUUGAGUUGAGAAGUCGACUUUAAGAUGUCAGUGCCCCUCCAGAUUUUGCGUUGUUCUAUGAGGUGGAUAGUCUGGUUGUCGAGCUCUUUGCUUGUGAAUGCUCAUUCAUGUCUGCAAUACGAGUGUCUUAACGAGACUGUAAAGCGCUGCUAAGUCGGAAGAUGACACCAAAGUGUCAGCUGUCAUCAAACAAACAUCCGUUAAUGCAGUUUCAGAUAUUUGAGGAAUUCUCCCCCAAAUUCUUCUAAUGUGUUUAAACUAUUAUUUUAUCCUAUAAAAUUAUAAACUGUAUUGUUUAUUUGAAUAAAUGUCAUAAGAAAUCUCAUUUUCGAGAGUACUGUGUGAGUCAUUAGAGUAGGUUUGGUCUCAAUCAUAUUAAUUACCUAAACAUCUGUGAUCACUUUUGCAUUAUGUAUUUUACGACGUAGUAACAGAUGUUGGGAAAGCUCUUUUUUCUGCAGUUGCGUGAAAUUAAUUUGCUGACUCUUUGAAUAACUUUGAUUUUAUGCAAAAUGUUUUUCUUUUUUGUACCACUUUUAUUUGCAGUGUGACAAAAAUCAAGUGGUUUGUAUGAUGUUACUCUUGAAUUAAUUUUGCCUGAAGUCACACACCACUGAUGACCCGAGUUGAAUGGACAGGAUCAAAAGAUAGGCUUUUGACUUAAAGCGGUCUUACAAUAAUACACCAGUUGAAGCUUUGAUCAUUCAGCUAAUGUACUCUCCGGUCCAGGGCUCACUCUGUUUUCAUUUUGUCUGCUAGUAGUUAAUAAACAUUUCGAUAUAUAACGUUUGAAGUAACAAGCAGCUACUUACAUUAAAUUGAAACAUCCAAGAACUUUUCAUACUUUUCUACAUAUAUUUUCUUUAUGCUAUGAAAGUUUUUUUCCUAUUAGUGUAAAGCUGUGGGAAGAACUAGUCUGUUUUGGAGAAAAUAUUAAAGUGCUAAAUGUUGCAACAUC